AUGGCGGGCAACUGGGCCAUGGUGCUGGGUGUGGGGUUCUGCCUCACUGCCUUGCACUGGGGUGCUGAGUGUGGCCCACUGCAACCGGCAGCAGCACUGCAGGACAAUUUCCGCCUGCAGCCGGGUGACCUGGUGGCCACAGCGGGGCAAGCACUGGAGCUGGACUGCGUGCCCCCCUUGGGCCACCCUGAGCCCCGGGUCACCUGGAAGAAGGACGGGGUGACCUUGGACCUUGCUGGGGAGCACUACACCGUCACUGAGGGGAAGCUGCGAGACGGGGUGACCUUGGACCUUGCUCGGGAGCACUACACCGUCACUGAGGGGAAGCUGCGAGUGGGGGUGGUGCGACGCAGUGACUCAGGGCUCUAUGUCUGUGUGGCAGCCAAUGCAGCGGGCCAGAGGGAGAGCCGGGGCGCCCACGUCGCUGUCCUGGAGAAGCCCACCAUCGUGCAGCGCCCAAGUGACACAGUGGCGGUGUCUGGCAGCGCUGUGCAUCUGAGCUGCAGGGCCCAAGGGGACCCGGCACCCCGUGUGCAGUGGCACAAGGAGCGGGGGGACCUGCCCCAGGGCAGGCAUGAGGUGGACCAGGAGCACACGUUGCACCUCUACGCUGUGACAACUGCUGACACUGGCACCUAUGUCUGCACGGCGCAGAGCCAGCUGGGCACCGCCACCGCCACCGCCCGCCUCCGAGUGCAGGAGCGGCUGCCAACGGGCUGGCGGGACCCUGCACCACAGGACCUACUGGCCGUGAGGCUGCACCUGGAGAAUGGCACCGUGCUGCCCACUGCGGCUGUCUGGCUCCACUGGCGGAUGGUGACAGCAGUGCCAGCACCAGAAGGCUACACGGUGCUGUACCGCCUGCUCCCUGCCAGCACCUGGGUCCAACAUGACGCAGGCAAGGAGCUCAGCACCAUCAUCCCCACCCUCCGCAGGGGCCACCAGUAUGAGUUCAAGGUCCGACCCUAUGGUGGAGGGACCCAGGGCUUGGACAGCAACAUCAGGAACCUCUGGAUACCCGAGAAAGUGCCGAGCGCAGCGCCCCAGCACAUCACCUUGGGCCGGGCUGAGAAGGGGAAUGGCACCGUGGUUGUGAGCUGGGAGCCACCACCUCCUGACACCCACAACGGCAUCAUUCGGGGCUACAAGGUCUGGUCGCUGGGCGAGAGCUGGCAGCGCCCCACCAACAGGACUGUAGAUGGAGGGCAGCCAGUGGGAAGCAGUGGGGUGGUGCAGGUGCUGCAGCAGCCCGCCGUCAUUGCGGCCACCAGCUCCUUGCUCUGGGUGGCCUUGGUGGUCCUUCUUCUCCUCCUCUGCCAGCGCCGCGCCCGGGACAACGCCACGCACCAUGGGCUGGUGGCCGAUGACUCGCAGUGGCUUGGUGGCCCCUGGAAUCCAGGCUGUGCCCCCCGGAACCUCAGCAGCAGCAGCAGCCUCAGCAGUCGGCUCCUGGGCAGUGAGGGCAAGGAUCCCCACCCCUCCUGUGAGCACCCCAAGUCCCCAGCCACUGUGUGCCACAGGGACAUGUUCCUGGUCACUGGGUGCCCCAAGGACAUAUCCCUGGUCACCAGGCACCCCAAGGACAUGUCCCUGGUCACUGGGCACCCUAAGGACAUGUGCUCAGUCGUGGGGAUCUGCAGGGAUAUCUCCCCAGUCACUGGGCAUCCCAAGGACAUGUCCCUGGUCACUAGACACUCCAAGAAAGUGUCCUUGGUCACUGGAAUCCCCAGGGACAUGUCCCCAGUCACCAGGUGCCCCAAGGACAUGCCCUCAGUCACUGGGAUACCCAGGGACACAUCUCCAGCCAUCCAGUGCCCCAUGGACCCAUCACUGUUCACUGAGAGCCCCAGGGACCCAUCAACAGACACCAGGCACCAGAAGGACACAAUCUCAGCCACCAGGCACCCUGAGGACACGUCCCCGGUCACCAGGCACCCCGAGAUGGUCACAGUCUCUGGGCACCCCAGGGACAUGUCCCCAGUAACCAGGAGCCCUGAGGAGAUGUCCCCAGUUCCCAGGCACCACAGGGACAUGUCCUUGGUCACCAGGCACCCUGAGAUGUACCCAGUCCCUGGGCACCACGGGGACACAUUCCUGGGCAGCAGAUACCCUAAAGAUGUGUCCCCAGCCACCAGGCACUCCACGGACCCACCACCAGUGACCAAGCUCCAGAAGGAUGUGUCACUGGCCACCAGGCACCCCGAGGACACAACCCCAGUCAGUGGGCAUCCAAGGGACAUGUCGCCAGUCACCAGGCUCCCCAAGGAGAAGUCCCCAACCACUGGGCACUGCAGGGACAAGUUCCUGGCUACCAGGUACCCUGAGGACAUGUCACUGGUUGCCAGGUAUCCCAAGGACACAUCCUCUGUCACCAGGCACCCUGAAAAGAUGUCCCCAGUCUCUGGCCACUGCAAGGACACAUUUUUGGGCAGCAGGUACGCCGAGGACACAAGAACCAGGUCCUGGCAGGACAGUUCCCCACUCCCUGGCCGUCUCUCACCAUCGCUCAGCGACAGGGUCCUCACACCACAGCAGGUGGCUGAGGAUCUGGAGGUGGACAAAGCCAUCAUCUGCCCCAAAUCUGUUCCAUCACCCUUGGUGGCCAAAGUCCCUGCCGUGUCACCCUGCAGCCCCCCAGGACCACGGUCCUUCUCACCACCACACACCUACGGCUACAUCUACGGACCAGCAGCCUCUGAGCUGGGUGAGGGGGAGGAAGAGGAAGAGGAGGAGGAAGAGCAGCGAGGGACAAGGGGCUCUCCGGGGGGAUCCCUGCUCAACGGCUGGGGGUCUGUCUCGGAGGACAACUUGGCCAGCGCUCGCUGCAGCUUGGUGAGCUCCUGUGAUGGCUCCUUCCUCCUGGAUGCCAGCUUUGCCCGGGCGCUGGCUGUGGCCGUCGAUGGUCUUUGCUUCAGCCUCGAGGACACCGAUGGGAGCUACGGGGGUAAGCAAUGGGUCCCCAGACCCUUCUCUCUGACCCCCAGCAUAGUCACCACUGCAGCAAAGGUGGCCCCAUCAUGA